AUGACUCCUAUGCAAAUUUUGACUGUGAGUUUUUCAACAUUAUGUUCCCUAUAUGUCUAUCAUAAUAAGAAAACCAAUCUGCAUAUAAUAAUUUAGAUCAGUUGGAUCAUAAAAGAAAGUGUAUUUAUCGAUCAGUUCAACAAAAUAUUGAAAAUUAUAAUGAAAGGACAAAUUAAUUUAUUGCAGUAGCUUAAAAUAGUAAUAGCCAUAUCAACUAUAAGUUAAUCUAGAUAGGAAAUAUUGGAGAAUAAGAUUACAAUGAUUAUUAAGGUCUAUAGAUAUAAUAAUAAACUCAACCUCUUAAAUACUUAGGUGAUUAAAGCUAGGAUAGCACAGAUGAGCAAUAAAUUGAUUACUAUUCAGAUCAAAUUAAUGAUUUAAGAAAAGCGUCAAGAUAAACUACAACUCUCAUCUCUAGGUCAGAGCAAUAAACAGUCACAUUAGAAGAUAAAGAAUAAGCUGAUUUUAAUAUUUAGACAGAAAGAUGGAAAAAAGAUAAAUGAACUGACUAGCUAUUAAAAACUAUUUUUUACCAAAAUUAUUAUUAAAAUGACUAAAGCAAAAAAAAGUUUUGAUUUUGAAUCGGACAACAUUUUCUUUUUCCUUAAUGGAAGCUAAAAUAUAUCCUACUGA